UGCACAAUCAAUUUUUUUUAUCAACUUGUAACACUUGUCUUGAUGUAUACAUGCAGAUGCACAACUUGGACUAGUGUUACAGUAAUGUGCUAAUGGCCUAAAAUAUGUCCAAAACAGCGAGCGGAACGCCAAAAACUAUAUACACCGUACAGAAAACAAUGGGUCAGCAUCUCAGCGACCACCAAGAAACCAUCAAGGAAGGAGUUGGUUGACGACGUUGACUCCACGUACAGCCACACCACCAAGUCUUCGGCCUGCACAGCCAGCCAGUGUUGCCUUUUUGAACUAGUCAAACCGAUCCAGCUACCAAAACACCGCGUGGGCGUGCAAUGUCGCUCAGCUUUUUGAUUCGGAGAAGAGGCAGAGGAAGACGGAGACUGGUUGACUGCUAGCCCCAGCGGCCGGGCCAGGCACUUGCCAGCGGCAAUUCCGGCGGCCACAGCCGCCCUAUGGUGCCCGUGGUCAGGUGAGUUCUUCGCUCGGCUGUGCCAUGGCUCCUUCCAAUCUCCUCCUCUUCCUCCUGCUUGCAACUGCAACUCCGUUGAUCACCGGGCAGCCUUUUGACUACCCGACGGCUAACCUCUCCACCCUGUGGACCAACAACAACACCUCCCUCGAGAACAGCGUCACCUAUAACGACGGCUCAGUCGUGCGGGCCAUUGUCCUCCGGUCACCGAAAACAUUCUACGGCCCGUCCUUUGCCGCAGGGUUCUUCUGCGCCACUGCACCCUGCGAUUCCGGCACUUUCCUCUUUGCCGUUUUCAUCCUCUACACCAACAGCGGUGGCAAGAUCACCAUGCCAACCAAUGGUCUUCCUCAGGUGGUUUGGUCCGCCAACCGACUCCACCCUGUGAAGCAGAAUGCCACCGUCGAGCUUAGCGGGGAUGGCAACCUGAUCCUCCGUGAUGCUGAUGGCAGUCUUGUCUGGUCGAGCGGCACUGCAGGCAGGUCAAUUGCUGGCAUGGCGAUCACAGAGCUUGGCAACCUGGUGCUGUCUGAUCGGAAGAAUGCAACAGUGUGGCAGUCGUUUGAUCAUCCGACUGAUGCAUUGGUCCCUGGUCAGUCACUGCGGGAAGGCAUGAGGCUCACUGCAAAUACAUCUGCAACAAACUGGACUCAGAAUCAGCUGUACAUGACUGUUGAACCCAAUGGAUUGUAUGCCUAUGUUGAAUCCACACCACCACAGCCCUACUUCUCACAAUUGGUGAACAAAAACAAGACAGGAAACCAUCCAACACAGAUUACCUUUAUGAAUGGCAGCCUCAGCAUCUUUGUAGAGUCCAUGCAGACAAAUUCAGAUUCAGGCAUCAGAUUGCCACCAGCCAAGUCGACCCAGUACAUGAGAUUUGAAUCUGACGGACACCUGAGGCUGUAUGAAUGGUCCGAAUCAAAGUGGGCUGUGGUGGAUGAUGUCAUCAAGAUAUUUCCUUACAAUUACAACUGUGCUUUCCCAACUUUCUGUGGGGAGUACGGGGUAUGCGGAGGAGCGCAAUGCAGCUGUCCUUUUCAGAGUAACUCUACUUCAAGCUACUUCAAGCUUAUCGAUGGAUGGAAGCCAAAUGUUGGUUGCACGCCAUUGACACCAAUCUCCUGUCAAGAAAUGCAACACCAUGAGCUCUUGACACUAACUGAUGUUUCAUACUUUGAUACAAGCCACACCAUUGUAAAUGCAGGAAACAGAGAUGCCUGUAAGCAAGCAUGCCUGAAAAACUGUUCCUGCAAAGCCGUGAUGUUCAGGCAUUAUGGCGAUAACGAGUCCUAUGGCGACUGCCAGUGGGUGACGAAGGUCUUCUCCAUGCAAUCAAUACAACCUCAGAUUGUUCAUUACAACUCCUCUGCUUACCUCAAGGUGCAGCUUAGCCCCUCCCCUCCUGCAUCUGCUGCAAACGCAAAGAAGGUUAUUAUAGGCGCUACAAUUGCAAGUAUUAUUGCUAUUGUAUUGAUUGUCAUUGCUGUGACUCUAUAUGUACGAAGGAGGGCGAAGUAUCAAGAGAUAGAAGAAGAAUUUGAUUUUGAUCAAUUACCGGGCAUGCCAAUGAGGUUUUCUUAUGAAAAGUUGAGAGAAUACACUGAAGACUUCAGUAAAAAGCUCGGAGAAGGUGGAUUUGGAUCAGUUUUUGAAGGAAAACUAGAUGAGGAGAGGAUUGCAGUAAAACGCUUGGAAAGCGCUAGACAAGGGAAGAAAGAAUUCUUUGCAGAGGUUGAGACUAUUGGUAGCAUUGAGCACAUUAAUCUUGUCAGACUGGUAGGAUUCUGUGCAGAGAAAUCACAUAGACUUCUAGUAUAUGAAUAUAUGCCUAGAGGUUCCCUUGAUCGGUGGAUCUAUUAUCGCCAUAAUAAUGCACCUCUUGAUUGGGGUACCAGAUGUAGGAUCAUUCUGGAUAUUGCCAAGGGGCUAUGCUAUCUUCAUGAGGAGUGCCGGCGGAAAAUUGCUCAUUUGGACAUCAAACCACAAAACAUUCUCUUAGAUGAGAACUUCAAUGCUAAAUUGGCUGAUUUUGGACUAUCCAAGCUAAUAGAUAGGGAUCAAAGCAAGGUAAUGACUGUGAUGAGAGGCACACCUGGGUAUCUGGCACCUGAAUGGUUAACAUCACAAAUCACUGAAAAAGUUGAUAUCUACAGCUUUGGGGUCGUUGUAAUGGAAGUGAUAUGUGGAAGAAAAAAUAUCGAUAAUUCUCAGCCUGAGGAAAGCAUCCAGCUGAUCAAGUUGUUACAAGAAAAGGCUCAAAACAACCAGCUGAUUGAUAUGAUUGACAAGCAAAGUGAUGACAUGGUUGUACACCAGGAGGAAGUUAUUCAAAUGAUGAAGCUUGCAAUGUGGUGCUUGCAAAAUGAUAGCAGUCGAAGACCUUUGAUGUCAACGGUGGUCAAGGUACUGGAAGGUACAAUGACUGUAGAAGCUUGCAUAGAUUACAGUUUCUUCAGUGCAGAUCCAGUAUUGUCUAUUGAAGGUAAGAAUUCAAUAUAUUCAGCUCCACCACCAGCAUCAGUCUUAUCUGGUCCAAGAUGAAAUGUGUCGGUAAUGAGCAGAAAAAAAUCCAUAUUACACACUUGGGCUUUGUAAUUGCUUUUUUACCUUAUCUUAUUUAUAAUUUGGAUGUAUGUUUUAGAGGACAUCAGAAGAAUAACUUUAAUGCAAGAUAUAUGUUACAUUUUCCAGUGAAGCUGUAACUCUACAACUGGAAAACAAAGGCAUUGAACGUUCCAUUUUCUAUAAUUUCAGAAAUUCA